AGGCCGCCACGGCCGUCCUCUUCGCGGUCUUCGUGCGCUACGGCCAGGAGAGCGACCCAGCCCUCUGGCACCGGGGCAACCACAGCGCCGCGGACAAUGCCUUCUACUUGCGCUACCCAAGCUUCCAGGACGUGCACGUCAUGGUCUUCCUGGGCUUCGGCUUUCUGAUGGCCUUCCUGCAGCGCUACGGCUUCAGCAGCGUGGCCUUCACCUUCCUCCUCGCUGCCUUUGCCCUGCAGUGGGCCACGCUCGUCCAGGGCUUCCUCCACUCCUUACACGGGGGCUACAUCCACGUCGGCGUGGAGAGCAUGAUCAACGCUGACUUCUGCGCGGGCGCUGUGCUCAUCUCCUUCGGAGCUGUCCUGGGCAAGACCGGGCCUGCCCAGCUGCUGCUCAUGGCCCUGCUGGAGGUGGUGCUGUUUGGGGCCAAUGAGUUUGUCCUGCUCAGUGUGCUGCAGGUGAGGGAUGCCGGCGGCUCCAUGACCAUCCACACUUUCGGGGCCUACUUCGGCCUGGUCCUCUCGAGGGUGCUCUACAAGGCCCGGCUGGAGAAGAGCAAGCAGCGCCGGGGCUCCGUCUACCACUCGGACCUCUUCGCCAUGAUUGGGACCAUCUUCCUGUGGCUCUUCUGGCCGAGCUUCAACUCUGCGCCCACCACCCUGGGAGACGGGCAGCACCGGACAGCCCUCAACACCUACUACUCCCUGACCGCGAGCACCCUCAGCACCUUUGCCCUGUCUGCCCUCGUUGGCGACAACGGGCGGCUGGACAUGGUCCACGUCCAGAAUGCAGCACUGGCUGGAGGGGUGGUGGUGGGGACAGCAAGUGAAAUGCUGCUGACACCUUUCGGGGCCCUGGCCGCCGGUUUCCUGGCUGGGACUGUCUCUACGCUGGGGUACAAGUUCUUCACGCCCAUCCUCGAGUCAAAAUUCAAAAUCCAAGACACUUGCGGAGUACACAACCUGCACGGGAUGCCGGGGAUCCUGGGGGCCCUCCUGGGGGUCCUCGUGACUGCACUGGCCACCCACGAUGCUUAUGGAGACGGCCUGGAGAGCGUGUUUCCACUCAUUGCCCAGGGCCAGCGCAGCGCCACCUCUCAGGCUGUGCACCAGCUCGGCGGACUGCUUGUCACCCUGAUGUUUGCUUCUGUGGGUGCGGGGCUUGGAGGGCUCCUGCUGAAGCUGCCCUUCCUGGACUCCCCCUCAGACUCCCAGUGCUUUGAUGACCAGCUUUACUGGGAGGUGCCUGAGGAACAUGAGGAUGAAGCCCACGGACCUCUGAGGACCGAGGAACCUGACACUCAGGCCUAGCCUGCUGCCAGCCCAAGAGGACACACUCCUGUCAGGAGACCAGGAGACAUGGGGCAGCUCUUCUUUGCUACCUCCCACCACUCCCGCUGCAGAAAGGACAGGAGCCAAAGGGAGCCCGCUUUCCCUGGGCUGUGUGGGAGGAGGAGCAGGAGGAGGCCGGGAGGUGGGGGCUGUCACUGGGUGUGGUGGGACGGUCUCACCAGUGGACCACAUCCCUACAGUCUGCAAGUGUGGGACAAAGGGCCAAGAGUGGGGCACCCAAAUGCCUCUCUCCCUGAGGAAAGCUCCUCCAGAGGUACCUGAGAGGCUGAGCCACUGGCCCAGGCACACAGCGGCAGGGAAGUCAGAGCCAAGGCCUGGCUCCCUGAGGGUGAUAAACACUGCCAUCUUCCUGA